UCAGUGACUUCCCUUUAGAGAAAUUAGGCUCUACUUAUUUUAACUUGGUGAAAGUAAAAAGAAACAAUAACUUAUGACUUAUCUGAUUGAAGUAGUAUUACAAUUACACCAUUAUACAAUGGGGCUAAUGUGAUUUUUCGUCAUCUGAAUCAUCACGUUGAACAACCUUAUUUAGACUAGUUUAAUAAUUUUAGACAUGAUUAAAACUUAAUAUUUAAUAAAUAAAUAUGUACUAAAUGUCAACUCAAUCACCGUCAUCAAUUAAUAUAUAAACGAUGUAGUAGUCGCCAAAAGCUACUCACUAUUAUUAAGUUAUUGAGAGUACUGACUAAAAAUUAGAAUAAAACUCUGCGGCACACUUAACACUACAGUUAACAAGCUCUAGUGACUAGCUUUCUAAUUUCUAUUCUAACCUGACCUAGUGUCUGGUUGUGUGACGUAUGAAGUAGUAAAAACUGUAAUAAUAGUAAAUACUUAGUAAUAGUGUACAGUACAACAAUAACUAAUACUAAUAUUACAUAAUACAUACGGUCUUAAGUCAACUUAAACUUAAAAGCCAAUUAUGGAUGCCAACCAAGACCUGCCCAUUUUAAGUGUGUGUAUAGUCAGUGACCCAUGUAGAUGUCCAGCAAACCACAUUUUGGUAUGUAUUUCUUCACCAUGUAUUAGCCACCCCAUAUCUAUUACUGUUACAAAUUAUUCCUCUUUGAGGUUGCCUAACUCUGUACUGUAAUGAGACUGAGUGAAUUGAGCCAUUCAGUCAUUUCAAUUUUUCUGAUUUCUCUUAGUCUUAAUCAAUCUAAGUAAGUCUCUGUUUAUAUUACAAUUACAUGGUCUCUCUCACUUCUAUUAUCUGUCACCCCAAGGAUUCCAAUCUAUAACAGAGUCAGAGUGUCAAGUUAUAUUUUAUUUUGGUUUCCUCACAGUAUGGCUAAGCUAUAGGCCUAUCUAUUUCCAUCUCUGUAUUUUCUGCUCCACAGGAUCACUCCUGAAUUAUCACAAAAGAUUGCAUUUAUUUGAGAUCUUUUCAAACCUUUUUUAUUUUUAGGAUCUUGUGCAAACUUCUGUCGAUUAGAACCUGUAAUACUGUAAUCUCUUAGGAUUAAGUUUAGUUGUUAACCAUGUUUGAAAAAUAACUUACAUAGAUCCCUAAAAAUAGUGUAACAACCUUAAAUAUUUACAACAGAGACUCAAACCUUUCUGUGUUAUAGAAAAAAGGUGUGGAUAACUGAUAAGAUACCAAUAUCAUGUAAUAAAAUAUAAUAACUUUUUUUGUAUGGAUAAGAAACCUUAGUUUUUAAGUUGCUUUUAGCCUGAUCAUUUAAGUUUGUGUCCUUGGUUAUGACAUGCAUGUUAUUGAUCUGAUGCAAAAUGUUAUGUUAUAUGUAUGCUCAUUCAUCCCUUGCUGAUGUACCUUGUACAUUGUUCGGUUAAAAAUUAUGAGUCUGUAUAACAUAAAGUCCAGAUAAGGAAAGUGAGAACAUUUAAAUUUCCCAUGUAUUCUUUCCAUCAUGCCUUUUGUGUCCACUUGUAUUGCCCUCCCCUGUCAGUAAGUCCUUACUGUUUGUUUAUGGGGAUAUAUAUCCUUAUCCUUCAAAUGUUUUUAAAAGACAUUUUUAGUCUGCAUUAAAGUGAUUUUAACAAAGUGAUUUUAACAAAUUGUAUCACAUUACAUUUAUCCAUUUAAUAGGCCUACUGUACGGUCCAACUUUUGAGAAAUCCUGUAGUAUAGGCCAAAACGUGCCAAAGUGUCCUCGUUUUAUAGCCAUUUUAAUUGUUUCUAUAGUUUAGUAGUUACUAUCCUAGUGUCUCAUUUUUAUUUUACUUAGUUUACAUGUUUUUAAUAAUUGUAAAGCGCUUAGAGCUUUAAGGUAAGCGCUAUAUAAAAAUGCCUAAAUAAAUACAUAAAUAAAUAAAUCCGUCAAUUUCGCCAGAUAGGAAAGGGGAGGAGCUAACAAUUUUUUUUUUAGUAAUACUUAUUUUUGAUUUAGUUAAAUAAAACUAUUAUUAUAGUGAAAAGGGUUACAUUUGUAAAAAUUAAGGUUUUAAAUAUAAGUAUAAUUUUUUUUUUUUUUAAAUUUUUAAGUUAACGCGACCAACACAAGUUUUUGUCAUCCAUUUUGUUUUCUUGUCGCGACUCGAAUCGAGCUAGCUGCUUAAAAAAAAAUAAUUUUUUAAACCAAAAUAAGUUUAGAAAACACUGAAAUUAACUUAGAUGAAUCCCUAAGUGACUCUUCUGAUGAUUGGGAUACACAUUAAUAUGAAACAACAUCGAAUGAAGACGUGGAUGUUUCUUUUCCUACACAAGUACAGUUUCAAACAAUGUAAGUCUAGCUGUUCACUCGAUUAGGCCACUAAAAUUAACAUCUAAAUAAUCCUAACAACAAAAUAUAUUUUGCAAUUUAAUAAUAGUAUCCUAUAGUCUUACAAUUGUGUAAUGAUAAUUCUAUUUUCCAAUCAUGUUUUGGCUUUAAAAAUUAAAAUAAAGUGUUUGUUUACAUAAUCAGGGUAAUCAGCUGAUUAAAUUGCUGAUUUUAGUUUUCAUUGUUGUUAUUUUUAUGUUUUGCCUAACCUUAACGAGUAAAUAAUAAAAGUUAUUAAUUUAUCCUUUUAAAAUAUUUUUUUCUCUAAUCAAUGCAGAUAAUACAUUGCCAAUUGACUUGGACUUGGAAAAAAAAACAUAUGAAUAUGUUGACAAGGAACCCCCAUCAAGCCAUACCUAAAUUUAUCCCUAAAAGAAAACGUGGUCUCAAUAUUAUGGAUUCUGAGAAGCAGACAACUAGAAAUGAGAUGCAAAAAUUAAAAACUGCAGGUAAGGAAUAUUUGAUAUUAUAAUUGCAGUACUAAUGAAAUAAAUAGGCUUAGGACUAAGUUUAAGAUUUUGUGCUUGAUAAUUAUUUUUUUCAAAAAAUAUCACUUUUCUUAUAAUAAUAUAAUAAGAUAUUUUUGUAUUACCCGGUAUAUAAUAAUUUAUAUUAUUAUAACUGUUAUAAUAUUGUUAUAUCUGCGUUAGAUAAAAAAAAAAUCCUGCUUUUAUGUCAUGCUAACCUGCAAUUUACAAAUAAAAUAAUUAUCGUCUACAGGAAAUUUCUUAAAUAUUUUUCUGUGAUGAUAUUAUGUUGAUAAUUUGUGACUACACCAAUGCUUAUGUCUACCACAAGAGAGAAGAAAAAGAAGUACCUCUACACUAAAUGGUUGGAAAAAAAAACACCUACAGAACACUUUAAUUGUUUUUCUUUACUUAUGGACAUGAGUCUAAUUCCAUGAUGCAGAGUUACUGUCUCGAAAAGAAAGAGCAUCAGAAUGUAAUGAUAAUUAAAGGUUUGAAAUGUGAUAAACAUUUCUAUUUAAUUGAAAUAAUUGUUGAUUGUUAGAACAUCCCCUAAGCCUAGAAGACUCUUAGACUGUUUUUUGUAUUUUUUGAGGCCUGAGUUAGUCAUGUAAGCUCAAGCUUUAUUAUGAUUAAUAUUAUGUUAAUUAUGUAUUAAAAUUUCAAUAAUUUAAAAACAAAAAUAUUCAAAAUAUUUGUUAUAUUGUAAUAUAUUUUUUAAUUUAUUUGGAUUAAAUAUAAACUUUUAAAUAUAAAAAAAGUGGUUUGAAACUUUUUAUUUGAAUAAUUCUGCAUAAUAAGGUCACUUGUCAAAAUUUAGCUACAAAAAACACUACUUAUUCAUGUUCCACAUAAAAAAUUCUUUAAAAAAAAGUAACAGUAGUAUUUGUAAAACUCAUUUUUUGUAUUUUGUAUAUUUAAUUGCGGAAUUAAAAAACAAUAAAUUAUUUCUUCUAUAGUUUUUUUUUCCCUUCUUACAGUAUGUUGUUUUUAAAAAAAAUGAUGUUCAAAUGUAAAGUCAUUUUCUUGCUUCAAUCACGAUUGUAAGAAAACACACAAUCAUUUUCAAUCACAAUUUUUAAAAUAUGAAUCCCCAUUCAUUUCUGAACAAUUAAAUAUAUAACAUGGUGGGUAUUAAUUAGCUAGUCUUUUUAUGGUUCCCAUUAUGUGAGAAGAUGUAAAAAACGAAGAAAAAAAAAAGAAAAAAAAACAUUGGACUGCACAGAGUAAAAAAAAAACAACAAUUGAUCAUUUAGCUUCUUCUUUGUUAAAAAAAAUGUAUUGCCUGUUAAAAUGUAAAUAAGUAUAUAGGUAUUUAAUUAAAUAAGUAGAUAAGUAUUUAAUGCGCUAGAAUCUCCUGAUUUACUUUCAUUUUACUUGUUGCACUUGAACAAAUCUAUUUUUGUCUUUGAGGAAAGAAAUUUUAAUAUAAACAUAAAACCUGUAGUAAUCUAAAAAAACAUUGUAUAAUAUUUAGGUGGUUUUAUAUCGGCACUCAAGAGGGAGUGAGGAUCUCAUUAGUAUUGAUUUUUUUUCCUUUUUUGGCUUCCAUUUAUCAAUAGUCAAGCCUUCUCUAUCAUUGUGUCAUCUUAUUAUAUUAAACAGAUCAACAAAACAUUUGAUCGACCAGAAGAUGCUGACUUGUGGAGUAAUGGGUUAUUUACACGUAGAAUUAUGCGAUACCUUUGCAUUGAAAGGCAGCUUCCGACACAGGUACCUGCAUCUGUAUGAGCCUGAUGUUUUCUCUUUUCUCAACUACAAACGUAUUUCACUUAUUUUAAGUUUUAAUGUAUCCUGUGUCUGGGCAUAACAUAUGGUUCGAUUUCCAUUGUUCUUUGUAUGAUUUAAUAGAGAGAAAGCCAUAAAAUCUUUUGGGAAAUUCUGGUUUUAAAUAAUUCGAAAUUCUGGUUUUAAAUAAUUCCUUGUUUAAGAUGCCCAUUCAUGUUUAUAUGUCUGUCUAUAGGCCUGCAUAAAUUGAAAGGGGUCAAAUGUGAUACAUCUUUAUCAGUUGUAAGAUAAAUCAUUGAAAUGAAAAGUGUGUUUUAAAGUCAUAUAAAAUGUGUGUGUUGAAGUCAUAUGCACAUUGUUAAGUAUGUUAAACCAAGCCCCCAAAAUGUAUCUUGGGCUUUUUUUAGCUAGGAGAUUCAUUGGAAUUUGCCACUGAACUAUUUCAUAGAACCAAGAUGUGCUUGUUGAUGUGCAGUUGAUAAGUGACAAGGAGUCUCUCCCAGCAGGGUUCACCAUUAUUGACUACACAACUGACACCAGUGAGUGAGGAUAUUUGACUUUGCUAGAUAUCACAUUUUUUAAAACUUUUUUGUGCUAAAGCAAAUAAUUUACCUUUUGGACUUCUGAUUAGCUUAAGUAAUAUUAUUAAUAUGUUAAAAUAAGUUCUUGCUUCAAAGAGAGAGUUAUUUCUUAUUUUUAAUAUAUAUAUAUAUAUAUGUAUUUCAGAUAGUCUUAGUCUUAAGUAAGUUAAAAAGAUAAAGUUGAAUUAUUUUAAAAAGGUUUUCUGACUUGAAAUAUUCAUUCAAAUAUGUUACAAGUGAAAAUUAAAAUAUUUGUUCUUUUUCAAUUUAGUACAUAAAAUGAGAUGUUUUGAAAUAAAUUUUAAAAAUAAACAAUGGUUAUGAAUUAAAUAUGAAUUUAAACUGAUGUUAUGAAGUAUAUUUGCAUUUAAACAGAAGUGAAGAAUUACAUUUACAUUGGCUGAUAUGACUUCUUUUUAGAGGAAAAAGCUUAUCAGAAGAAACUUAUUUGUGUGAGGAUGAUGGCUUCAAGCAUGACACAAGACGCCAUUACAGAUCUCAUCUUUCUGAGCAGGGGACAGAGGAAACCACCCCAAGGAUACACAUUAGUACCAGGGUAAGUUGUAACAGAUGACAGGUAAAAAUGCAGUACCAGGGUAAGUUGUAACAGAUGACAGGUAAAAAUGCAGUACCAGGAUAAGUUGUAACAGAUGACAGGUAAAAAUGCAGUACCAGGGUAAGUUGUAACAGAUGACAGGUAAAAAUGCAGUACCAGGGUAAGUUGUAACAGAUGACAGGUAAAAAUGCAGUACCAAGGUUAAUGAUGACAGAUUACAGCAGGGGUCUCAAACUCAAAUCAUCUCUGGGUGAGACUGGGCCGCAUCAAGUAUUCAAUAAAAAAUAUGCGAUUACAAAUUCAAUAAAGUACAACUGUUACAAUCUGCUCAACCUUCUUUUAUAACAGAUAAAAACAUUAAGGUUUCUCAAGAAAUAGGCUUCACUUUCUUUUCCUACUCAUUAUUGCCAGAGACCUGGCAGCACUUCUUCUUACACAGCUGAGCAACAUUUGGCCUGAGUGAGGAAGCAACUGAGACCCUCAGCAAAGCUUGAAGAUGCUCAUCAUUAAGUUUGGCCCUGAACUUUGACUUGCUAAAGUUCAUAGAGGAAAAGAGCUUUUCACACAGAUAGGUACUCCCAAAAAAAGGCACAUGAUCCGCUUGAACAACCUGGAAAUCUCAGGGAAGGUGGAGGGCAAUACUGUCCACGCUUGUCUGUUUUUCCAUUGACCUCCCUGAACAUAGAAUUGCACUGAAGGUCAAUCAGCUCUGUUUGAAGAGCAGAGAGUGGGGGGGGGGGGGGGGGGCGGCAUCUCCCACAUUAAAGGAGAAAGGGUCAGCAAACAUUUGAAAAGUGGCUCUGUGUGUUUUGAAGACUGCAAACCUGUGAUCAAAUUCUUCCUGUAGCUUUGCAAUGACAUCAGUAUACUCACUUCUAAAUGAUGUGCCCGAGUCCAUGAGUACUUUGCAUGUUUUGUUGGGGCAUGGCGGAGGUUUCUCUAAGAACCAUAACACAAGUUUUUUUUUUGCACAAUGCCCUGACAUUGUCAUAGGCAACACUGACUUGUUGCCGCUGGUCUUGUAACUUCCUGCUGAGUACAUUCAGCUCCUGAGUAAUGUCAACAAGCACCCCGUCCUUCCUCAUGAAGGCUUUCAAUGCUAAAACAUUUCCAAACAGUAGGCAGUGGCAGGCAAUAUUUAUGAAUUAUUGUUGUGAAGGAAUAUGCCAAUGAUAGGGAAAAUGAAUUUUGCUUUUUUUAUCGUAGAAAAGGCCUUUUUGACUAACCCCAUUUGAAAGUGACCAAGCUGAUAGGCUCGAAAUUUCCCUCACUUGUAAACACUAGAGGCAAUUUUAAUAGAGAUUCUUUAAUACUGUGUCAGAUGGCUACGAUUUACACAAUUAUGGUUGUGCGUUACCCACUAACUGUUCAUGUUCGCUUGACCCUCUUCCAGCAGGGCUCUUGUAUGAAUAUCUGGAUGAAAUAGUCCCCAUCAUCACUUGUAUCAUAAAUCAGUCCUUAGCUACUGGUAUUGUUCCAUCAUCUUUUAAAGAGGCGAUCGUCACUCCACUAUUAAAGAAAUCAAAUCUUGACCCAAAUGUGAUGGAAAAUUAUCGUCCCAUCUCAAAUCUACCAUUUAUAUCCAAAAUCUUAGAAAAGUCGUUCUCCGCCAACUACUGGAUCACCUCACUCAGUUUGACGUGUUUGAACCAUUCCAGUCAGCAUACAGGGCGCAUCACUCUACUGAGACAGCCCUGUUGCGCGUUGUAAACGACCUUCUGUCGUCUUGUGAUGAGGGCCAGGUAUCGAUUUUGUCUUUACUCGAUCUAUCGGCAGCUUUCGAUACGCUUGAUCACGGCAUACUGCUCCAGCGUCUGCAAACAACUUUCGGUCUAACUGAUACCGCCCUGAGUUGGUUCCAAUCAUAUCUGAAUAAUCGGGUCCAGUCAGUUAUUUCAAACGGCCUGACUUCGAAGAAAUCUUAUCGAAUUCGGAGUACCCCAGGGCUCGGUCCUAGGCUUGGUGCUUUUCACGAAGUACAUUCAGCCCCUGGGUGCAGAGAUCAAUCAGUUUGACAUGCAAUACCACAUGUUCGCAGACGACACUCAAAUUCAUCAAUCCAUGAUCCCCUCUAAGUUCCCUCAGCUGCUCAGUAUGACACAGAAGACAGUGGAAUCAGUUAAGCUCUGGAUGACCAUAAACAAGCUCAAAUUGAACAAUGAUAAGACUGAGCUACUCCCCAUGACGACCGCUCGGAAGCAAAAAUCUGCAAAUAACACGACAUCAAUUACUCUCUCAGGUGUGCGUAUUGAGUUAGCUCAAACAGUGCGGUACCUGGGUGUCUACCUAGACAGGAGACUAACCUUGGAAAGUCACAUUAACAUGCUAUGCAAGUCGAUUUUUCUAGAGCUGCGCAGGAUAAGUCACAUCAGGCCCUACUUAACAGUUGAUGCAACAAAGAGGCUGAUGUCUGCAUUUGUGCUAUCACGCAUGGACUAUUGCAAUCCUCUCAUGUUGGGUCUUCCAGCUACGCUCCUGGAUAAAAUUCAAAUAGCACAGAAUAAUGCGGCUGGCAUUGUUCUCCGCAAACGCAAAUUCGACCAUGCAAAAACACUUCUGAGAGAGUUGCAUUGGCUGCCGGUGCGUGCUCGCAUAGAGUACAAAAUCGCAACGUUGUGCUACCGCUGCUUACAUGACCUGGCGCCGUCCUAUCUGAAAGAGCUGCUGACGCCUUAUGUACCCACUAGACAACUCCUCUCAUCCGAUAGUGGCAAACUCUUGACACCACGUGUUUGCCUUGAGACUUACGGAAAGCGUACUUUCGCAUUUGUUGGUCCAACAAUUUGGAACGCCCUUCCUGUCGAUCUCAGAAACAAUCAGACACUGGAGUUCUUUAAAACCGAUUUAAAGACACAUUUAUUUCGCAAACACCUUCUGGGAUGAUUGUCUACCAUAUUUUCCAUUUAAUGCAUAUUAGCUGUGUUGCUCAGGGUUGAAAUAGGUUGAAAGACUUUGCCAUUGUAUGCUUGUAAUUAGUUUUUGUAGUGUUGCGUUUGUUUUAAAUGUGGUAAAUUAUAGAUUUGUAUUUUUUUUAUUUUUAUUUAGUCUUGUACCGUGCUGUCACAAAUGCCUCGGGUGGGGGUGUAGGACAGAGCCUAGUAGUUAUCAGUGCGUAAUGAUGCUGUUUUGUUUGGGUUUUCCCCAUGGGCCGCAUCACGUUAGCUGGGUAUUGAAUGAGCGGUUGGGGGCACUUCCGGGAAGAGAGAGAAAGAGGAUAUUACAUGUGUUUGAAAAGGUUAUAUUUUCUUCGAUAGACUUAGCUUUAAUUGUUGUUACACCAAGAAAUGAAUACAUUAUAUAUCAUCUGGACACUUAGAGUUGAGUUGUUUGGAUUUCACUAAAGUUUACGUUGUGCUUCUGUCUGUCUCAGCGCCUAGACAACCACAAUAUAAUCACAGAGAGGAGCGGUCCUUUACGAAAGACAACUAAAUUAAUAUAGUUUGUUGUAUGUCAGGACCGGAGCCAUCCUCCGCAACAACCGUUCUGUGACAUCUGGGGGCUCAGUCCGGGGUCUAGGCAACAGGAGAUAGACAGGGCUGACGUAAUAGAGUAAGAGGACAGAAGUCAAACAGAAGGUGGCUUGGGAAAGAUGACGCCAUUGCGGUGCAGACAGAUGGAGGAUAGAAGACCAGCAGGGUACCAUCAAGUAAGGCAGUGUAAUGCAUCACUCUGCUACAGGUGCCAUCGGACAGGGCACAUUGCAAGGUACUGUACUAACGCAUGACGGUGCUACAGAUGCUACUCAACUGGUCAUCUGGCACGAGAUUGCUGCAACGAGCGCCGGUGUUUUCGUUGCUAUGCAACUGGACACCUGGCCAGGGACUGCGACCGACAACGUGUCUGUUUUACCUGCCUACGCCCAGGCCACACCGCCGUGACGUGUCGAUUUCAGGGUCGGUGCUAUAAGUGUCACCAACAGGGGCACGUCUCAAGGAAUUGCCCAAUUGUCCGUGACAAGGGAGAUGGAAAUUCUAGUUGUAGAGAGGUGAAAACGGCAUCCACGUGUUUCAGAUUAGGACAGGAAAAGAAGUGUGUAGAAAAGAAAGGGAAGUUAUUAGUAAAGAAAAAGAAUAAUCGGACACGUGUGAUCAAGAACUGUGAAGAGAACACAAGUAAUAGUGAAGAUGAGAUUUUUAUAGGAGGAAUUUCGAAUGGCAUCGGAGUAAAGGAAAGUGUCUAUGGGUUAGUUGAAGAUAAAAGAGUUCAAGUGUUUAGACAUUAUCUGUGUGGUGACAUAGUGGUCAGGAAGGACUUGGUAGAUGACAGUAAGUUGACAGGAGAGAGGUGCACGAUCGUAUUGCUGAAUGAUGCAAGGCUAACAGGAGAGAAGGCAAUAGUAACAAUCAGUACUCCGUAUGUUUCUGGAAAGGUUCUAGUAGUGUGCAUUCCCGACAUUGUCUAUGACAUCAUAGUGGGACAAGUAGUUUAGGACUCAAUUUUUUUAUGUGCGAGUGAUUACAGUUUGGAGGUAGCUUAGGUAGACGGAGAUAGAACGUUUAGUUUAGUAUGAGAAUAAUUUCCAUCACUUCAUCAAGGACACUUCCUGAAAGAGACAUGAGGCAUGCUUUUAAGACUUUAGUAUCUUUAGUUAAUUUAGUUGUGCUAUCUUUAUUGGAUUUUAGACGCAUAUUUUUUAAAAACGUGUGUAGUUUAAAUAAUGCUGGUAAUGGGUAUAAUCAUGUGUUUUUAACACUUGUUGGGUUGUGUUAUACAUAUUAAAUGAAUCACAUAUGCGGUCGCAGCCCUGUGCUAUUGUUAAGAAGCCAGAUUGGCAGUGAAGGGUUUUGCUUGAACAGGGCAUUGAACAUUGAAGGAGACAGUGUACGUGGGCUUAUUAUGCUUCAAUUGUGUUGGUUAUUAAUGACAUAAUAACAGGUAUGUUGUUAGGGACAUCAACUGUACUCAUCUACUCCAGACCGUGCAAGGCACAUGAUGGGCUGCGGUGUAGACGAUGUUUAGAGUGUCAAAGAUAAUGUGUUAUUAGUAUUGUUGUGUUUGAUAAUUUGAUAUUAUUGGAUGUAUCACUAGUCUGCACUUAGUGAUGGUGUUAGACAGCACCAAAGGGAGAGUUAUUUGUGUUAUAGCGUAAGUUGAAUGGUAAACCUACAGUACAUGAUGUGUAGAAUAGCGUGGGAUGACCGCUACAUCCUGCAAUGAGUAAUGUGUAGAGUAGCAUGAGGUGGUCAGCUAUAGCCUACACUGGGUAACGUGUAGGACAGCAUGGUUAGGUCGGCUAUUUCCCACACUGGCUAAUGUGUGGGGUAGCAUGGGUAGGACAGCUAUAAUAUACACUAUGCAUGGGAGGUAGAAAUGGGUAUCAUUAAACCUGAUUAGUGGAUCGUGGAAUCAGUGAAGGUGAUUAAGACUUAAGGGAUAGGUCUAGUUGAUAGUAUGACGUUAGUCUAAGUUCUCGUGCUAGACACAUAUAUUCUGAUGAUCCUCCGAGCUACUCCAAACCAACACAGCUUUACACUAUGUAGGUACUUGUAGAUCUAAACCAAUACAUCUUUAGGAUAUAAACGUUUAAUCCAGAAGUGUCAAAGUGUCCUCUUUUUAUAGCCAUUUUCAUUGUUUCUAUAGAAUAGUAGUUACUAUCCUAGUGUCUCAUUUGUAUUUACUUAGUUUACUUGUUUUAAUAAUUGUAAAGCGCUUAGAGCUUUAUGAUAAGCGCUAUAUAAAAAUGCCUAAAUAAAUAAAUAAAUAAAUAUGGUGAUUUUCAGGGUGUAACAAAGAAAGAUAUUGUCCAAUAGUCCCUAAGGAUAAUUGUGGUCUCUGAUUAUGACAGAGUACCAACAGUGUUCUGUGGUCUCUGAUUAUGACAGAGUACCAACAGUGUUCUGUGGUCUCUGAUUAUGACAGAGUACCAACAGUGUUCUGUGGUCUCUGAUUAUGACAGAGUACCAACAGUGUUCUGUGGUCUCUGAUUAUGACAGAGUACCAACAGUGUUCUGUGGUCUCUGAUUAUGACAGAGUACCAACAGUGUUCUGUGGUCUCUGAUUAUGACAGAGUACCAACAGUGUUCUGUGGUCUCUGAUUAUGACAGAGUACCAACAGUGUUCUGUGGUCUCUGAUUAUGACAGAGUACCAACAGUGUUCUGUGGUCUCUGAUUAUGACAGAGUACCAACAGUGUUCUGUGGUCUCUGAUUAUGACAGAGUACCAACAGUGUUCUGUGGUCUCUGAUUAUGACAGAGUACCAACAGUGUUCUGUGGUCUCUGAUUAUGACAGAGUACCAACAGUGUUCUGUGAUUAAUAGAUUUAAUUGAUCAAUCAAAAUGUUUAGAUACGAUUUUUUUUGUUUAGAUUUUGAAGGUGCAAUGUUCACGCUGUUGUAGACGAUGAUUCAUUUUGUUGUUUAUUAUUGACAUAAGCAUGAUUUUUUUGUGUUGCUAUUUUUUUUAAAUUUUGAUUGAAAAAGUGAAGAUGAGAAUAGGUGACAAUAGAAUUAGCGAAGCAUAGAGUAUGAUAGAGUAAGAGCUGGACCCAGUGUUAUGUAUAGAAAUAUAGGUUGGUCAUUUGUGGAGUUUUUGAAAUUUGUCAAUGUAUUUAAAAAUUUCUUGAAGGGGGGACAUAUGUCACAAAUGCCUCGGGUGGGGGUGUAGGACAGAGCCUAGUAGUUAUCAGUGCGUAAUGAUGCUGUUUUGUUUGGGUUUUCCCCAUGGGCCGCAUCACGUUAGCUGGGUAUUGAAUGAGCGGUUGGGGGCACUUCCGGGAAGAGAGAGAGAGGGGAUAUUACAUGUGUUUGAAAAGGUUAUAUUUUCUUCGAUAGACUUAGCUUUAAUUGUUGUUACAUCAAGAAAUGAAUACAUUAUAUCAUCUGGACACUUAGAGUUGAGUUGUUUGGAUUUCACUAAAGUUUACGUUGUGCUUCUGUCUGUCCCAGCGCCUAGACACCCACAAUAUAUUCACAGAGAGGAGCGGUCCUUUACGAAAGACAACUAAAUUAAUAUAGUUUGUUGUAUGUCAGGACCGGAGCCAUAUUCUGUGACACGCGCUUCGAGCCUUUGGGGAUGAAGCAUGUUUUUGAAAUACACUUUAUUAUUAUUAUUAUUAACUGACUUUUUAAACUUUUCUCAAAACAGCACUUUGGUAAUGUUUGUCUUAUAAAAUGCUAUAAAGAAACCUUAUAGUCCAAUUUUAAAACGGUUCUUACCAUUAUAAUCAACGUCCAAUCCUAAACAAACAUAAUAAGGAUUAGACUAGACGGUGGGAUUCAUUCGACUGAAACCGUCGCAGAGGGUCACAAUGGGUGAAUGGGGAAAACGCGCGGGCCGCAAUAACACUAAACUUUGCUGUCAUGUACUGGGCCGCAAAAUAUCGUCUAUCGGGCCGCAAAUGGCCAGCGGGCCGCAAGUUUGAGACCCCUGGAUUACAGUAACACUAGUACCAUGUUAAGUUAUUACAAAUAACAAGUGCUUACAGCGGUAUAAGGGUUAGGGAUGACAGAUUACAGGUAAAUUGUUACCAGGGUUAGUGAUGACAGAUUACAGGUAAAUUGUUACCAGGGUUAGUGAUGACAGAUUACAGGUAAAUUGUUACCAGGGUUAGUGAUGACAGAUUACAUGUAAAUUGUUAGCAGGGCUAGUGAUGACAGAUUACAGAUACUCACUAAGACCAAGGUUUGGGAUGACAGAUAACAGGUACUCACUAAGACCAGGGUUAGUGAUGACAGAUUACAGGUACUCACUAAGAGCAGGGUUAGUGAUGACAGAUAACAGGUACUUCCUAAGACCAGGGUUAGUGAUGACAGAUAACAGGUACUCACUAAGACCAAGGUUAGGGAUGACAGAUAACAGGUACUCACUAAGACCAAGGUUAGGGAUGACAGAUAACAGGUACUCACUAAGACCAAGGUUAUUGAUGACAGAUUACAGGUACUCACUAAGACCAGGUUAUUGAUGACAGAUUACAGGUACUCACUAAGACAAGGGUUAGUGAUGACAGAUUACAGGUACUCACUAAGACCAAGGUUAUUGAUGACAGAUUAUAGGUACUCACUAAGACCAGGGUUAGUGAUGACAGAUAACAGGUACUUCCUAAGACCAGGGUUAGUGAUGACAGAUAACAGGUACUCACUAAGACCAAGGUUAGGGAUGACAGACAACAGGUACUCACUAAGACCAAGGUUAGGGAUGACAGAUAACAGUUACUCACUAAGACCAAGGUUAUUGAUGACAGAUUACAGGUACUCACUAAGACCAAGGUUAUUGAUGACAGAUUACAGGUACUCACUAAGACCAGGGUUAGUGAUGACAGAUUACAGGUACUCACUAAGACCAAGGUUAUUGAUGACAGAUUACAGGUACUCACUAAGACCAAGGUUACAGGUACUCACUAAGACCAAGGUUAGUGAUGACAGAUAACAGGUACUCACUAAGACCAAGGUUAGGGAUGACAGAUAACAGGUACUCACUAAGACCAGGGUUAGUGAUGACAGAUUACAGGUACUCACUAAGACCAGGGUUAGUGAUGACAGAUAACAGGUACUUCCUAAGACCAGGGUUAGUGAUGACAGAUAACAGGUACUCACUAAGACCAAGGUUAGGGAUGACAGAUAACAGGUACUCACUAAGACCAAGGUUAGGGAUGACAGAUAACAGGUACUCACUAAGACCAAGGUUAAGGAUGACAGAUAACAGGUACUCACUAAGACCAAGGUUAGUGAUGACAGAUUACAGGUACUCACUAAGACCAAGGUUAGUGAUGACAGAUUACAGGUACUCACUAAGACCAACGUUAGUGAUGACAGAUAACAGGUACUCACUAAGACCAAGGUUAGUGAUGACAGAUAACAGGUACUCGCUAAGACCAAGGUUAGUGAUGACAGAUUACAGGUACUCACUAAGACCAAGAUUAGUGAUGACAGAUUACAGGUACUCACUAAGACCAGGGUUAAUGAUGACAGACAACAGGUACUCACUAAGACCAAGGUUAGGGAUGACAGAUAACAGGUACUCACUAAGACCAAGGUUAGGGAUGACAGAUAACAGGUACUCACUAAGACCAAGGUUAGGGAUGACAGAUAACAGGUACUCACUAAGACCAAGGUUAGUGAUGACAGAUAACAGGUACUCACUAAGACCAAGGUUAGUGAUGACAGAUUACAGGUACUCACUAAGACCAAGGUUAGUGAUGACAGAUAACAGGUACUCACUAAGACCAAGGUUAGUGAUGACAGAUUACAGGUACUCACUAAGACCAAGGUUAGGGAUGACAGAUAACAGGUACCCCCUAAGACCAAGGUUAGUGAUGACAGAUUACAGGUACUUACUAAGACCAAGGUUAGGGAUGACAGAUAACAGGUACUCACUAAGACCAAGGUUAUUGAUGACAGAUUACAGGUACUCACUUAGACCAAGGUUAGUGAUGACAGAUAACAGAUACUCACUAAGACCAAGGUUAGUGAUAACAGAUAACAGGUACUCACUAAGACCAAGGUUAGUGAUGACAGAUAACAGGUACUCACUAAGAACCAAGGUUAGGGAUGACAGAUUACAGGUACUUACAAUUUGCACCAGAAAUCAAAACAAGUCUAAUUCUAAGGGGAAAAGCAAGAGACUAGUCUAUAGUGGACACAGUCUAGUCUAUAGUGGACACAGUCUAGUCUAUAGUGGACACAGUCUAGUCUAUAGUGGACACAGUCUAGUCUAUAGUGGACACAGUUUCUUGCUAAUAAUGUUAAUUUUGGCUACGAGGCGUAUGAUAAAAUGUUGUAACAUCUUUUCUCAUCUGAUUUAAUUGAUGGGUUGGUAGCUUAUGGGUGUAAUGUGAUGGGUGGUAGCUAAUAUGUGUUAAUGUGAUGGGUUUUAGCUGAUGUGUGUCAAUGUGAUGGGUUGGUAGCUGAUUGGUGUCAAUGUGAUGGGUUGGUAGCUGAUGUGUGUCAAUGUGAUGGGUUGGUAGCUGAUGUGUGUCAAUUUGAUGGGUUGGUAGCUGAUUGGCGUUACUGUGAUGGGUUUGUAGCUGAUGUGUGUCAAUGUGAUGGGUUGGGUCAUGCCAUGCCUUCCUCUCUUUUCCUAACUUGGGACAUGCAGUAGUUGGUUGGAAGGACGCCACAGGUGGAGUUUUUAAAUAAAUUCUUUCAAAAUCUUCAGUGACAUAAACAAUAUGGGCAUCUGCUACAAAAUGGGUCGCCUGCCACAAAUACAGCCGGCUGUUCAAGAUCCUCCGAGCUACUCCAAACCAACACAGCUUUACACUAUGUAGGUACUUGUAGAUCUAAACCAAUACAUCUUUAGGAUAUAAACGUACCGGUACAAUAACUGUGACCGCACAUUUUUAAAAUAUGUCGAUAUUUUUAUAUGUAAACCAACACAGCUUUUAAAAAUGUAAAUACAUGCUUCUGUGAACCAUGACAGCUCUACAAUAUGAAGGUACAUGUCACUGUAAGACAAUACAUCUUUACAAAUCCAGAGCCUUCUUUAACUCUGGAUGAAUUGUUUGUUUCAACAGAAGCUGUGCAACGUAAUCAAAUGUCAACUGAUCCAAAAGAGAAGAUAUCAUUGAUGAAAAGCUGGCUAUUUAAACAAUGUCAAAUAACUGUUCUUGUAUUCUACAAUGUCCAGCCCUGCUGCGGUAGCCUCCAGUUUGCCUUACUCUUCCAAACCACCCGUGCCGGUUAGACCAUUGAUGACAGGAUAUGGAACUGCCACCAGGACGGGGCCACCUGAACAGUCUUCCAACAACCUAGCUACCAGUCAUGUUAAUCGUAAGUUUGUUCACAUUUGUUAGUUCACAAGUUUGUGUAAACGCUCAAGACAUUAAGUGGUGACUUUCUCUUUGAUUUUUUAAUCUUUCUCUUUAAUUUUGUUUUAGAUGCAUAUAGGGAGAAUAUGUUUUGAUUAGUCUGUUGGCCAGUGUUAUGAACUAGAAAACUCUGGGUGAAAUAUAAAAUACUGGGUGAACUAAAAAACACUGUGUGAACUAGAAAACACUAGUUUUUUAUCAAGGCAGAGACUUCCUUGUUUGUGGCCUUAUUGGAUGUUUUUAGUUCAGAAACUAUUUCGGACAUAAUUUUUGUUAGCUUAGGGAUUGCACUUUCUUCCACUGCCAUAUUAAGAGGAUUAAUACAACACGAACAAAUUGUGUCAAUAGAACAAUAUAAGUUCCGCUUUAAUAAUAAUUAUACAUUAUACACAAGUAAACGUCUCAGCACGUGCCUUCAUCAGUACAAACAAACAAAACACGUUUAAGUAAGUAUAAAUUAAAUUUACAUAAUAUUAAUAUACAUAUCCUACCUAAAACAGAAAAAAUAUAGGAGAGGGCGCUAAAACCAGACAAAAACAAAGUAAAGAGGAGUAGAAAGAAGAUGUCACACUGACCUGAUUAGUCUGACUAUCCUAUCACUGGGUUAUUAGUCAAUGAUAGAUUAGUUUCUCCUUGUCAUGCUUCUUACUCUACUUAUCUAAACUUUUAUAUGGUCAAUUAAUCUUCUCAUUAAGAGCCUGGGAAGUUCCGGUUCACGACAGGCAGCAGUGAAAUGGCUCUACAUUUUCUCAUUUUUGGAAUGUUUCUUUCAGGUUUUAUUCCUGAUAGUAGGAUAUAGUCGCAUCUGAAAGUCUCCUUAACGUAUGAAUAUAAUUUAUUUUGAACAUAAUUAAGAUUUGUUGAACUUAUUCUGUGUUUUCCAUUCUAUAUAUUAAUUAAUAUAAACAAAAACAGUCAACGCUAUUAACAAAAACUUCCGUUUCAUGAGUCGCUUGAACAAGAAGCAAUGAAAUCUCUCCACAUUUUGAAAUGUUUCUCUCAAAUUUGUUAUUUCUGGAUAGUUGGAUAUUGUUUAGUAGCUAAGCUUUUCACUCGUAACAAUCAACCAGUGUACCACGGAUAAAGAAAUAUGACCACAUCACCCAGUUCUGUGAGAUCUCAUCAGCUGAAUAGGAUUAGAUUUAAGAACAGCAGAGCUCAGUGAACGAUAGCGGUAUCUCUGAAAUCCUGCAGGAACAUCAAUAGCUACCACAUUAGUAGGAACAGAUGGUGGGGCCUUGCCGAACUGCAGCCCCUUCUUUGUAGAAUUCAGCUGGAAUGGAUUCUACAAUUGGAGCUUUGCCAUGCCAUGAGAUAAAGCGUAUUUCUUCUAGUGUCUUGAUCGAGGAAGGGGGUACCUGUCUCACUGAGUUUAUUCUCUUUCAAGGUUCAUUGACAAAGGUGUUGUUUAAAUCUCGGAGACUGUAAAUCCAUCGAUAUGAUUUAGUGCACUUCGAGCCUUUGGGGAUGAAGCGUGAUUUUCAAAUUAACUUACGUAUUAUUAUGAUGAUGAUGUGAGUGACUCAAAAUGUCUUCUGUUAACAGUGAUGUCAUGCUCAAAUAUUUGACUGUUAAGAAUGAUAACUUAGCAAUAUCAAAUUCAUUGAACUUACUUGGAGAAAAAAACAAAACUUGAAAUAUAAAGUUACAGAUAUCAUGAAGUAUCUUAUAUUACUGAUGUCAUGAAGUAUCUUAUGUUACUGAUGUCAUUAAGUAUCUUAUAUUACUGAUGUCAUGAAGUAUCUUAUAUUACUGAUGUCAUGAAGUAUCUUAUAUUACUGAUGUCAUGAAGUAGCUUAUAUUACUGAUGUCAUGAAGUAUCUUAUAUUACUGAUGUCAUGAAGUAGCUUUUAUUACUGAUGUCAUGAAGUAUCUUAUAUUACUGAUGUCAUGAAGUAUCUUAUAUUACUGAUGUCAUGAAGUAUCUUAUAUUACUGAUGUCAUGAAGUAUCUUAUAUUACUGAUGUCAUGAAGUAUCUUAUAUUACUGAUGUCAUGAAGUAUCUUAUAUUACUGAUGUCAUGAAGUAUCUUAUAUUACUGAUGUCAUGAAGUAUCUUAUAUUACUGAUGUCAUGAAGCAGCUUAUAUUACUGAUGUCAUGAAGUAUCUUAUAUUACUGAUGUCAUGAAGUAUCUUAUAUUAAUGAUGUCAUGAAGUAUCUUAUAUUACUGAUGUCAUGAAGUAGCUUAUAUUACUGAUGUCAUGAAGUAUCUUAUAUUACUGAUGUCAUGAAGUAUCUUAUAUUACCAAUGUCAUGAAGUAGCUUAUAUUACUGAUGUCGUGAAGUAUCUUAUAUUACUGAUGUCAUGAAGUAUCUUAUAUUACUGAUGUCAUGAAGUAGCUUAUAUUACUGAUGUCAUGAAGUAUCUUAUAUUACUGAUGUCAUGAAGUAGCUUAUAUUACUGAUGUCAUGAAGUAUCUUAUAUUACUGAUGUCAGGAAGUAGCUUAUAUUACUGAUGUCAUGAAGUAUCUUAUAUUACUGAUGUCAUGAAGUAGCUUGUAUUACUGAUGUCAGAAAGUAGCUUGUAUAACUGAUGUCAGAAAGUAGCUUGUAUUACUGAUGUCAUGAAGUAUCUUAUAUUACUGAUGUCAUGAAGUAUCUUAUAUUACUGAUGUCAUGAAGUAUCUUAUAUUACUGAUGUCAUGAAGUAGCUUAUAUUACUGAUGUCAUGAAGCAUCUUAUAUUACUGAUGUCAUGAAGUAUCUUAUAUUACUGAUGUCAUGAAGUAGCUUAUAUUACUGAUGUCAUGAAGUAUCUUUUAUUACUGAUGUCAUGAAGUAGCUUAUAUUACUGAUGUCAUGAAGUAUCUUAUAUUACUGAUGUCAUGAAGUAGCUUAUAUUACUGAUGUCAUAAAGUAGCUUAUAUUACUGAUGUCAUGAAGUAGCUUAUAUUACUGAUGUCAUGAAGUAGCUUAUAUUACUGAUGUCAUGAAGUAGCUUAUGUUACUGAAGUAGCUUGUUGUUAUUGAUGUCAGAAAGUAGCUUGUAUUACUGAUGUCAUUAAGUAUCUUAUAUUACUGAUGUCAUGAAGUAUCUUAUAUUACUGAUGUCAUGAAGUAUCUUAUAUUACUGAUGUCAUGAAGUAGCUUAUAUUACUGAUGUAAUGAAGUAGCUUAUAUUACUGAUGUCAUGAAGUAUCUUAUAUUACUGAUGUCAUGAAGUAGCUUAUAUUACUGAUGUCAUGAAGUAGCUUAUAUUACUGAUGUCAUGAAGUAGCUUAUAUUACUGAUGUCAUGAAGUAUCUUAUAUUACUGAUGUCAUGAAGUAGCUUAUAUUACUGAUGUCAUGAAGUAUCUUAUAUUACUGAUGUCAUGAAGUAGCUUAUAUUACUGAUGUCAUGAAGUAUCUUAUAUUACUGAUGUCAUGAAGUAGCUUAUAUUACUGAUGUCAUGAAGUAUCUUAUAUUACUGAUGUCAUGAAGUAGCUUAUAUUACUGAUGUCAUAAAGUAGCUUAUAUUACUGAUGUCAUGAAGUAGCUUAUAUUACUGAUGUCAUGAAGUAGCUUAUAUUACUGAUGUCAUGAAGUAGCUUAUGUUACUGAAGUAGCUUGUUGUUAUUGAUGUCAGAAAGUAGCUUGUAUUACUGAUGUCAUGAAGUAUCUUAUAUUACUGAUGUCAUGAAGUAGCUUAUAUUACUGAUGUCAUGAAGUAUCUUAUAUUACUGAUGUCUUGAAGUAGCUUAUGUUACUGAAGUAGCUUGUUGUUAUUGAUGUCAGAAAGUAGCUUGUAUUACUGAUGUCAGAAAGUAGCUUGAAUUACUGAUGUCAGAGAGUAGCUUAUAUUACUGAUUUCAUGAAGUAGCUUGUGUUACUAAUGUCAGAAAGUAGCUUGUAAUACUGAUGUCAUGAAGUAGCUUGUAAUACUGAUGUCAUGAAGUAGCUUGUAUUACUGAUGUCAGAAAGUAGCUUGUAUAACUGAUGUCAGAAAGUAGCUUGUAUUACUGAUGUCAUAAAGUAGCUUGUAUUACUGAUGUCAUAAAGUAGCUUGUAUUACUGAUGUCAUAAAGUAGCUUGUAUUACUGAUGUCAUAAAGUAGCUUGUAUUACUGAUGUCAUAAAGUAGCUUAUGUUACAGAAGUAGCUUGUGUAUUCUAAGAAUUAGUCUAGUCCAAAAUUGGUAAACACUGAAAAGUAAUUUGUCUUCAAUUUUUCAAAUUCAUGUAAUAUUUCAUGUUGCAUUAUUUCAUCUCAUUUCAGCAAUUUCAGGUAUUGAGUGGAAGAUGAAUCAAAAGUACAAAAUGAUUUUAGAUCUUCAAAAGGUAAGUUGUAAAUCUGAUACUGCGUAUUGUUAUUGUAAGUGUGUAAACCUAUUUUAAGUAUGAAUGUCAUUAGUGUGUAUCGUGGGUAGUGUGUAAACCUAUUGUAAGUAUGAAUGUCAUUAGUGUGUUUCGUGGGUAGUGUGUAAACCUAUUUUAAGUAUGAAUGUCAUUAGUGUGUAUUGUGGGUAGUGUGUAAACCUAUUGUAAGUAUGAAUGUCAUUAGUGUGUAUCGUGGGUAAUGUGUAAAUCUAUUUUAAGUAUAAAUGUCAUUAGUGUGUAUCGUGGGUAGUGUGUAAACCUAUUGUUGAAGCCACAAAAAACAUGUUGUUGAAGCCACACAAAACAGGUUGUUGAAGCCACACAAAACAGGUUGUUGAAGCCACACAAAACAGGUUGUUGAAGCCACACAAAACAGGUUGUUGAAGCCACACAAAACAGGUUGUUGAAGCCACACAAAACAGGUUGUUGAAGCCACACAAAACAGGUUGUUGAAGCCACACAAAACAGGUUGUUGAAGCCACACAAAACAGGUUGUUGAAGCCACACAAAACAGGUUGUUGAAGCCACACAAAACAGGUUGUUGAAGCCACACAAAACAGGUUGUUGAAGCCACACAAAACAGGUUGUUGAAGCCACACAAAACAGGUUGUUGAAGCCACACAAAACAGGUUGUUGAAGCCACACAAAAGAUGUUGUUGAAGCCACACAAAACAGGUUGUUGAAGCCACACAAAACAGGUUGUUGAAGCCACACAAAAGAUGUUGUUGAAGCCACACAAAACAGGUUGUUGAAACCACACAAAACAGGUUGUUGAAACCACACAAAACAGGUUGUUGAAGCCACACAAAACAGGUUGUUGAAGCCACACAAAACAGGUUGUUGAAACCACACAAAACAGGUUGUUGAAGCCACACAAAACAGGUUGUUGAAACCACACAAAACAGGUUGUUGAAGCCACACAAAACAGGUUGUAGAAGCCACACAAAACAGGUUGUUGAAGCCACACAAAACCUGCCUGACCAAGUCAAUGACAACUAUUUGUAAAGCUUGAUGUACAACUCUAUUUGAUUCCUGUUAUUUUUGCUGUUGUUUUUUUCCCUUAAUACUUUACUUACACCGUGCUCACUUUUCAAUUCCCUUGACAGGUCAAUAUUCCAGUUGUACCAGAGAAAUCAUUAGUUGACUUAGAGAGACAGGUUAGUGGUUGCUUAGCAACAUAUUAAAGUUGUGCAUUUAUUUUUGUCCAUAUAUCUACACAGGAUUUGACUGCCAAUGAAGCUUUGGAUAGAUUUUAAAAAUACUUAUACUAAGAAUGUCACAGUGUAGUGGGAAGUCAAAAUGUAGUGGGAAGUCACAAUGUAGUGGGCAGUCACAAUGUAGUGGGAAGUCACAAUGUAGUGGGAAGUCACAAUGUAGUGGGCAGUCACAAUGUAGUGGGCAGUCACAAUGUAGUGGGAAGUCACAAUGUAGUGGGCAGUCACAAUGUAGUGGGAAGUCACAAUGUAGUGGGAAGUCACAAUGUAGCGGGCAGUCACAAUGUAGUGGGAAGUCACAAUGUAGUGGGAAGUCACAAUGUAGCAUGAAGCUGUAGUCAUGGUAACACAAUGAGGAGAGAGUCUAUGAUUGAAAAAAGGCUCUAUGAUUGAGGAGAGGCUGUAUGAGUGUUGAGAGGCUAUUUGAUUGAGAAGCUCUACGAUUGAGGAUAAUCGCUAUGAUUGCGGAUAAAAUAAUUAAUUGAGAAGUUCUAUUAUUGAGGAGAAGCACAUUGAUUGGGGAGAGGUCAUAUGAUUAUCUCUCUUAUCUACUAAUAAGUUAUCCCCAUGAUACUCAAUAUCUAGAUCUGAUCUGUUGACAAGAUAUCCCCAUGGUAUAUCUAGAUCUGAUCUAUUGAUUAGUUUAACUUUUUUUUAAAAGUGUGAUUUAGUUCUUGUCUCAUAGUUCUAGUCACAUAGUCCUUGUCACAUAGUCCUUGUCACAUAGUCCUUGUCACAUAGUCCUUGUCACAUAGUCCUUGUCACAUAGUCCUUGUCACAUAGUCCGUGUCACAUAGUCCUUGUCACAUAGUCCUUGUCAACAUAUGUAAAAAUACCCCAGCACAGCUCUUAGCAACAUUUCCUAUUUAUAACAACACACACAUUAGACUAAUUCAAGCUAUCACAUUAAACACCUACAUCAUUUUUAACACUUUAUUUGUAUGAGCGUUUCAUGAUUUCCACAUAUUUCUUAUUUGUUUGUAUGUAUUUAUUAUACUUUGAAGUUACACAUUUCAUUAUUGACCUAUACAUAUUUUUAUCUACAUUUUUAAGACACCUUGUUUAUUAUUGACCUAUAAUAUUUUUAUCUACAUUUUUAAGACACCUUGUUUAUUAUUGACCUAUACCUAUUUCCUUUCAGUACACAUAUGACUUCUCUGUGGAAAGAUCAGUGGCCAAAAUAAGCUCAUGAUUAUCUCAGUGCAACAGUGAUCAAAAGUUAAAGUAAACUUAGAUUAUGUAAACAUUUAGUUGAUAUAUUUGAUGGAUACAUCCAUGAUGAAAAGAUUUCCCAUAUCACUGUCACAAAGGAAUGAGUCCGCUAGCGUAUGUGCUGGAGGUGUUGAAACUUUUGAUUUUUGCAAGACUAUAUGUUAACAUAAACUAAAAGACCACACAUAGUAUGCCAUGGAAUUAUACAUUUUACACUAACUUGAAUUUAAAUAUAAAACUCACAUUUUGAUUAACAAUAUCCACACCCUUUCAAACAGAGUAGAACAUCAUUUUAUCAUUGAAUGUAUGGCUUUAACUGUCUGAGUCAUGAGGCAGGCACUCAAGCGGAAAAAGAAGUCACAGAAAAACUUUUUAUUAGUCAUAAAUUUAUGUGUAAGUCCAUAUAAAAAUGUUUAUUAUAGACUAAAUAUAAUUAGAUUGAAGUACAAGACGGCUCAUUAGAAAUGUGGUAUGAUUCUUGCUUGGGAUUAUAUAUGUGUGUGUUAUUUGCGUUAUGUAUCCAUAUUAAAAUCACACAUUUAAGUCUAUGUACAUUGCUAUGCAUGAAGCCAAUAAUCACAAAUAUUACAGAUUGAAUAACACUAAAUGGUACUAAGAGAUUGGGCAGAGAUUAUGCUCUUGCUCAAAAGGAUUGUCAUUUCAUUCUCACCUCUCAUCUUCCCGGCACAUCUCAUAUAGUAAAGGAAUUAAAGGAAAGCGAGGUUAAUUGCAUUGUAGAACUAGUUUAGUGAUAACACUAUCCUACCAAAGCAUCAAUGGCCUCGUUGUUGUUAAUAUGGCGAUGGACCAAAAGAAAUAAAAAUUCAUUUGGUCCCCAAUCUUGUCAGAAUUUAAGGUGUGCUCCUCCGACUGUCUUCAUAAAAAGAAUUCAAAAUAAUUAUUUUUACCAAGUUUUACCUUCAGACUUAUCUAUUAAUUAAUUAAUGUGAUACUCAUCAAUACAUAUUUAUAUGUGUGUUAAUGCGUCUGAUUUUCUUAUUUUGUUUUCUUCCUAUCACUUUUCUUCCUGUGAAUUUUGGUUCUAUUUACUGAUAUUUAUUCUAUCAUAAACAUUUAUAUGGACUUAUAAAUAAAAUUAAAGUUAAUAAAAAGUUUACUGUGACUUUUGUCAUGUGACUUUUGUCAUGUGACUUUUGUCAUGUGACUUUUGUCAUGUGACUUUUGUCAUGUGACUUUUGUCAUGUGACUUUUGUCAUGUGACUUUUGUCAUGUGACUUUUGUCAUGUGACUUUUGUCAUGUGACUUUUGUCAUGUGACUUUCGUCAUGUGACUUUCGUCAUGUGACUUUUGUUUUCUACAAUCGCAGGAACAGAGGUGUUGAUGUGUUGAUGAAUGAAAUGCUAAGAAUCAAAUCUUAAUCAAAACUUCUUGGCACAAAAUCAAUCUUCCUUUGAUGCAAGCAACAUGUAAAAUAUUCCUCACCAGACCCCAGAUUUUAAACUGCUAACUUUAUUACCCACCACAUUUGUGAGGAUUACACUUCAACAUUGCCAUACUGCUCUCUGUUCUGCCUUGUGUGUUCAUCAUGAACUAAUAGCUUGCUUUGUUAUUAAUUAUCUCCCAUUGAUGGGGGUCACAUGAACAUGUUGACAUCUCAAGGUGGAGCAUGGACUUUAGACUCAUAAAGUUUAUUUUCAUUAUGUGGUCAACAAACCUCAGGGCCCGAGGCCAAGGUCCACCAAACAGACUGGUGGGUAUUCCUAAUGUAUCUGGUCAGCCAUUGCUUUCAAUAGAUUCAAUGUGAAAACAUUACUGUAUCACAAUGAAAGGGUUGUCCACCCUAUGUUGAUUUAAGUCAUACCACAAGGACAUCAUUUUCUGUCUUAACAAGUCAAGGAUAGAACAUAUUAAUUCCUCUAAACUAUUCAACUAUAGAUUAUCUAUUAUUAUUAUGCGAAAUAUUAGUCAACUAUAGUGUUACAGAUUCAACAUCACCAGGCACUCACUUAAUCUGAUUCAACAUCACUAGGCACUCACUUGAGCUGAUUCAACAUCUCAAGGCACUCCAGCUAAAUAAGGCACUCAUUCCAGCUAAAUAAGGCACUCCCUACAUCUGAUUUAACAUCCCAAGACACUCACUCAAGCUGAAUAAGGCAAUCGCUCCAUCUCAUUCAACAUCACAAGGCACUCGCUACAUCUCAUUCAUCAUCACAAGGCACUGACUCCAGCCGAAUAAGGCACUGACUCCAGCCGAAUAAGGCACUCACUCCAGCUGUGUCAACACCCCCUCCCCCGAUCUCUUCCUGUCCAUACUGUUCUAUCGUCUAAGUAUUCCAUGGGGUCCUUUAUGACAAGUAAUAUUUCAUUGUUGCUCUCUUGCAGCAUGGGACAUUUUAAUAAUUUUUCAGUUCUAUACUACUGGUACAUAAUGUUUCUGUUGUACUUGUACACUAGUGGUACAUAAUGUUUCCAUUGUACUUGUACACUACUGGUACAUAUUGUUUCUGUUGUACUUUUACAAUAUUGGUUAAUAAGGUUUCUGUUGUACUUGUACACCACUGGUACAUAAUGUUUCCAUUGUACUUGUACACUAUUGGCUAAUAAGGUUUCUGUUGUCCUGGUACUGGUUCAUAUUGUUUUGUAGAGAGAAGAACAUGAAAAUAGUUAUAAAUGUAUAUUUUUGCAUAUCUUCUGAAACAAUACAGUCAUUUUUAACUGUUCUGUUUUGCACCAAAUAAUUGAGGUACAUAAAGAUUGACCAUGCUAUUUUUCCUUUGAUGACUGUCCACACCUUGUAACUUUCAGAGCCAGGACUCCCAGGCAGAUCUCCUCAGACAUAAAUGACUGCUGGGGGCAUCCAAUAUCACAUCCAUUAAUAGUCUAUCUCCUGUGUCAAAAUAAUUUGUAUUAUCCUAAAGUCCAUUUCUUUGAAAUAUACUCAAAACUGUUUGGCAUUGUAAAAUGAAUGUUCUCUACAUUAUAAAAUAAUUCAAUUAUUUGUAGUUAAAUUAACUACUACUACUACAUUCAGAGGUUUUAUUUAAAAUAUGCGAAGUUUUAGAAAUUUUUUUUUUUGUAAAAAUCAGCAAAUGUUGCUAACUUAUUUCACUUUUCUUGAAAUCUCUCGGGCCAACAACAUAGUUGGCUUGGAUGAUGUUCACAAGGAAAUCUUUGCACUGUACUAAAUAUAUUGCAUUCAAAACAUGUUUAGAUUUAUGUAUUGAAAUAGAAGCAAGUCCUGCGGUCAAUAGAAAUAAAUGCAAUUGGAUUACAUUGUAUUUUGGCACAUCAAAUUUUUUUAACAAAAUGUAUGUGAUAGGUGACUAUGUCCUAUUUGUUUUAGUAAUAUAAUGGAUGUGAUAGGUGACUAUGUCCUAUUUGUUUUAGUAACAUAAUGGAUGUGAUAGGUGACCAUGUCCUAUUUGUUUUAGUAACAUAAUGGAUGUGAUAGGUGACUAUGUCGCAUUUGUUUUAUUAAACAACACUAGUAAACAGCCUGAACUCUAGUUGUAAGAUGACAAGAUUGAAUACUUGACGGUGCUAUUGCAAUUGUUUACUGUGUUUUAUUACCUAAUUUGAGCAAUGAGCUGUCAUUUCUUUAGUGAUUACAAUUUACUCUGACUUCAAUAUAAAUUGCAUUAUGUAUUUGUUAAACUCUCAGUGAAGACUGGUCUGUUCAAUCAAUAAAACUCAUUGGUAAAUAUCUUCAUCAUUGAUACAUGUUCAGUUUUUCAUCAGUUUCAAAACUUUCAACGGGCAUAUUUUUUGUAAAACUUCAAUCAUAAAUAUUGCAAUGUGUUUGUAAUUCUCUCAUUGACAACUGGUCUGUUCAAUAAAUCUAGUUCAUUU